UCGCUCGGCUAAUCGACUGUAAAGAGAUUCAAGUCAAAACUGCUUCAAGGAAGAGAAAUGAGAAGUGCGCAUAUCACGUGAUACCCUGUCACGUGAUGCGGAAUUAGCGUUCUAGUUUGAGGAACUACUCUCCUGCUUGGCAUGUCAAAGAAAUGCAGCAUUCUCACGGAAAACCUUCGAACAUGUCAGCCUCGUCUAUCCUGCACCUUUUCUUCGGAGCGAGCCCCCUGUUGCUCCUUCUGUUCGGGUCGGCUUGGGGAUCCAACACAACCACCCCCCUUGUUAUGUGGCACGGAAUGGGGGACAACUCAAUGGGCUUGGAUCCCAUAAAGAAACUGGUAGAAGAGGAGGUGCCUGGAAUCUACGUUCUGUCACUGAAGAUCGGCAAAACCAUUGCGGAGGACACAGAUAACAGCGUGCUCAUGGAUGUCAAUAAGCAGGUGGCGUUUGUGUGUAAUCAGCUGUCCCAGGACCCCAAACUGAAGGGGGGUUAUAAUGCCAUGGGUUUCUCCCAGGGAGGGCAGUUUCUGAGAGCAGUAGCCCAGCGCUGCCCAUUUCCCCCCAUGAUAAAUCUGAUUACAGUUGGGGGACAGCACCAAGGAGUAUACGGUCUUCCCCACUGUCCAGGUGAGAGCUCGCAUAUCUGUGACUGGAUCCGUGAGAUGCUCAACUACGGGGCCUACACUGACAUUGUACAGAAACAUAUUGUGCAGGCACAGUACUGGCAUGACCCCCUCAACGAGGAGCUGUACAGAACACACAGCCUCUUCCUCGCUGACAUCAACCAAGAGCGGGCAGUGAAUGAGACCUAUAAGAAGAACCUGAAGUCUCUGGACAAGUUUGUGAUGGUGAAGUUCCUGCAAGAUAGUAUAGUCGACCCAGUGGAUUCAGAGUGGUUUGGUUUUCUGAAGCCAGGUCAAGCAAAAGAAACUGAGACUCUUCAGGAAAGCACUCUGUAUAAAGAGGACCGCCUAGGCCUGGCAGAGAUGGACAAGGCAGGGAAGCUGGUGUUCCUGGCUUCAGAUGGAGAUCACCUGCAGUUCAGCAGAGAAUGGUUCAAUGCCAAGCUGGUGCCUUUCCUUCGCUGAAUGCACACAGGGACGCAAACCAACACUGAGACAUACUUGGGAACAAACUCAGGAUCAAGGCAUAUUAUUGUUGCACUAUCUGCCAACCGUGGUAUGCUUGUUUGUAUGUUGAUUGAUUCUUAAAGGGAUCCUAUUGUAUCCGUGUGGUCACACUAGGACUCGGAACCGUACUGUCCUCUUGGGUCUUCACACUUGUUCCUGUAUUCGAUCUGCACUUCGUUGUACGUCGCUCUGGAUAAGAGCCUCUGCUAAAUGCUUUGUAAUGUAAUGUAAGAUUAUACUUGGACAUGCAAGCAGUCCUCAACAUACUCUGAAUUGCACCUCUGUUAAGCAUCCUUACAACUCACACAAAGCACGUUUCCACUGCAUUCCUGUUUCACUGCUGUAAUCAGUCGCGUUAAACUAAAUUUGUCAGCUUGUGAAGAUGAGCGCUCAUCUACCUGAACCUACUGUACACCCACUGUACCUGUGCAUCUAUGUUGUUGCUUUUCUUUUUUUCUUUCAGGCUUUUGGUUUAACUGUCUAGAGAGAUGAAAAAAGAAGAAUGCACUUCUUUUUAAAUUAUUUGACAUUUAUUAAAAACGAUUUUUAAUAAACUUUUUUUUUCAGUUUC